AUGAACGAAGCAUUUAGCAUUUUGAAGUGUGGAGAAGCGGGUGGGAGGUGGAAAAUCUGUCACGUGAUCUGCAGAAAGUUGCGGGCCGGACAUACAGAAGUUGGCUCCGGCGAAGCUAAGAAUAAGGUUUGUUUUAAUGAGUAUAUUGGGGAGAUACCGAGACUAUUUGACACGUUAUGUGGUGGUUUCUGGUUGGUGAAUUGUAAAACCGCGUUCUUGGUGUACUUGUUGGAAAGCUGUGCUCUUUUUCAACCAGCAGCUGAUGGUUUACUGCUGGCUAAAAGUUUGUGGAAUAUGCGCACAGAAUUCGGAUGA